AUGGAAGAUCCCAACCAAAACCCCCAGGUCAAGCCAUCUGGCCGACUCCCGAGUCUCCUUAACCCCAAGUUUCCAAUCUCGAACGCGACAUUUCAUUUGUUUCCUAACCUUCCUACGGAGCUAAGACAAAUGAUUUGGGAGCAAAGCCUGACUUUGACUCACACAUCUCUUGCUCAUCGCAGGUGUCUAUUGCAGAAUCGCUGUUUACUUCCUGUCGCAUGGGCUACCGGCAGCUUUUCAAGACAGCAGGAUCCACGACUCAUCGGACAGGAAGUAUUUCAUAGUGUUCAUUUCGAUCUUUGGAGCAUAGAAGACUUCGAUAAACCGUACCAAACAUGGAUGGAGUUGGCAGAGAAAUUGAGAGUGACGACGCCCUGUGCCUUCAAAAUUGCUUACACAACUAAUCGAAGCAAAUCGCCAAUCAGGUGUGAAUCUGACGCUGUUGCCUAUUUGAAUUCCGAAAGCGAAAGAUGGGAACAACAACUUAACAAAUGGGAAGCAUCCCAGCAAGAACAAGCAUGGAGAGAUCCCAAGGAGACCAAACGGCAGUCCAAUGGAGCAGUUGAAACUGCAAUUGGAUUUUGGACAUUUCCUAUCGAGCCUCAUGGCCAAUUCAGUCGAGACUACAACCGCCCAAAAGGUGGACGCCGGUGCUUUGAUGACCUCUCUGCUUCCCGGCCUGAACUGUGCCUAUUCGACCUAUAG